AUGCAGCCGCGCCCGGGCGCCGGCUGGGGCCUCGAGGCGCGCCCCGCGCCGGCGGCGGGUGGUGGUGACGGCGGGGACUACCCUUCAAUCAACUGGGCGGCCGGCGCCGAGCCCCCGCGCGCCUCGGGCGGCGGCGGCGGCGCUGCCCCUGCCGCCAGCGGCGGCAACAGCAGCGCAGCGGGCGGCUACUGGGCCGCUAAUCCGUUUACCGGGGCUGGAGCGAGCGGGGGCGGCGAGGCGGCGGCGCCGCGCCAGGGCCAGGUGGCGCAGCAGUCGGCCGGCAGCUUCCCUUUUGGCGACAGCAACCCCUUCCUGUCUUCCCCGCGGCCCCGCUCCCCCCCGCGCCGCGGCGGCGCCGGAAGCGGCAGCAGCGGCGGCAGCGGCGGCGGCUUUGGCUUCGGCGCGCUUUUCGGCGCCCCCCUGCAUUGGUCGCAGGACGGCGGCGCCCACAGCCGCACGCCAAGCGGCGCCGGCGCGCCCGGCGUGGAUGCGCCGGGCCCCGACGCCUACCCCGACCCGCGGCGCCGCGACGACGUGACCCCGCCCGCGCAGCGGCCGCCGCCUGUGGCGAGGGUGGAGGGGCCGAGGGUCGUGAUCACGCCCGCCGCGGCCGCGGCGCCGCCGGCGGCGCCAGCGACGCCCCAACCGCAGCAGCAGCUGUGGCAGGAUCAAGAAUACAAAGGCGCGGCGGCGCCGCCGCCUGAUGCAUACCCGACCGUCGACCCGCGGCGCGGCGCCGAGGUGCCCGCGCAGCCGGGGCGCGGCAAGCAGGGGUCGGCCUCGGGCGGCGGCGGCGGCGGCGACGGCAUGGGCGGCUGGCGGCCGUCCCCCUUCCAGGCGCCCCCCUCUUCUCCCUCCUAA